CGAUUUACUACGCGAUACCGCUUGCCGGCGUCACUUCAUCGUUCUCUUCUCUUCUUGUGAUAGCGAAGGCAGUUCUAAUGGAGAACGGUGAAGAUUUUUCUAAAGAUGUCUCAGCAGAGCAUCAAAAUGGAUCAGGUGACGCUCCAGCAGAUAGUGGAAGUGCAGAAACGCCCGGUCGUGAUGACGAUAGAAAAUUAUUUGUUGGUGGCAUGAGUUGGGAAACGACUGAUAGGGAAUUGAGAGAACAUUUUGGCCAAUAUGGUGAAAUUGAAAGUAUAAACGUAAAGACAGAUCCCAACACUGGUAGAUCAAGGGGAUUUGCAUUCAUAGUAUUUACCACAACAGAAGCCAUUGACAAAGUUGUAGCUGCAGGUGACCAUGUCAUUAAUGGCAAAAAAGUUGACCCUAAAAAAGCCAAAGCAAGGCAUGGAAAAAUAUUUGUAGGUGGUCUCACCUCGGACUUGAGUGAUGAUGAUAUCAAGAACUAUUUCUCACAAUUUGGAUCGAUCAUUGAUAUUGAAAUGCCAUUUGACAAGCAAAAGAACCAAAGGAAAGGAUUCUGCUUCAUCACAUUUGAAUCUGAACAAGUAGUAAAUGAGUUACUUAAGCAACCCAAACAAACGAUUAAAGACAAAGAGGUUGAUGUAAAAAAAGCCACACCAAAACCAGAUCAAAUGGGCGGUCCCAUGAUGGGCAUGCGCGGUAUGCGAGGCAGCAGAGGUGGUCCUAUGAGGGGCGGUCGCGGUGGCCGAGGCGGUUACGGAAACCAGAACUGGAACCAAGCCUAUGGUGGCUACGGUGGUUAUGGCCAAGGAUAUGGCUAUGACGGCUACAGCCAAGGUUAUGACUACUACGGCAGUGGCUAUGGGGGUUAUGGAGGUUAUGAUUACUCAAACUAUGGCGGCGGUAACUACGGUGGAGCCGGCGGUUACCAAUCUGGUGGUGCGGCUGGUGGUGGCGGAGGCGGUGGCGCCAAACAAAGAGGAGCCGGCCAACGCAACCAAAGGUUCCAACCCUAUCAGAAGUGAGGCUGGUUAAUAUCAUAAGAGAAUAGUUCGUGAUUCAACAUUUUCCGUAAUAAGUCAUCUCAUCCUCAACUGAAUUUUCCAAUCAUUCCAUUUCAUCGCGGCGCUUGGAAAAUAUACCCGACAACGUACAAAAUUUUUAUGUUACAAGUCCAACAUAAAAGUCAACUAUCCAGUCGAGAUUUUUUUAUUUUCUUUUUGAUAAAUCGGUUAGGAAAUGUUAAAACAAUUUAGGAUGGUCUUCAAAAAUAUGAAUUUAUAUAUAAAUCAUAAAUUGAGUUUUGAGUUAGUCAAAGAUAUUUUCUCUUUUUUUGUAUUAUGUUUUUCUUUUUAUUUAACUCUUAGUAUGAUGUAAACGUAGUUUUUAAGUUUAUAUGUAUAACUUGUAUGAGUGAAAGGAGGCGUUGUGUACUUCCAUUGUAUGACAAAAUUUAAUAAAACGAUAAAUUUUGUGUAACUUCUCGAUUUUUUUUAUACAUAUUGUCCCAGAUUUUGUACAGAAAAUAUUUAAUAAAGAACCAACACAA